GUCAUUAGCAUACAGAUAAGCCUUAAGCAUAACUUUUCCUUUUUAUAGUUUUAUAACGAGUAUGGUUGAUAUUUGUAAUCAAUACUGUGCGAAAAACUGGGCAGUUAUUCAGUUAAAUUCUUGUACAAAAUGAAUCCUUUAUCAAAAACAGAAACGAAAUGAUUGAUUGGAGGAAAUUUCGUUCACCUGAAUUGGCAUUUUUUAACACUUUCGUCGCAGCGAUUACAACGUAUCGACUUUUUAAAUACUGAUGUGAUGAAAAAUAAAUAAAUCAGAAAUGUCAUUCUGAUUAUUGAGUUCGGGGGUUUCAUGUAAAAUUUUCAUGUAAAAAAUUAAAUCGGGUUGAAAAUUAUCAAUGACGAGUGCACAAAAUGCCAAAACGUAAUGAAGACAGGGAGUUGGAAAUUGCAUGUCCCGUAGAUUUUUCUUUCAAAAACAUAACGACAUUAGAAGUAAGUCAGGUCCAGGGAGCGAGGUCAUCCAGGAUCGGCUCCAUCCCUGAAAAGGGAAGCGUUAAUAAGCGAUUCCUUACCCGAUCAAUUUGGCUGAAUAACAAUAAACUAACGAAUAUAAAAAACAUGGACACUUUAGUCCAGGAACUUUUGGAACAACCUGAAAAAUUAGGAUGGAUCGACUUUUCGUUCAAUUACAUCACAAAUAUAGACGAUAGUAUUUUAAAAUUCACAAAUUUGAAAAUUGUUUAUUUUCAUGGUAACAAAAUCACCGACAUAAACGAAGUCUGCAAGUUGCGGAAUUUGAAGGAAUUAAGAAGUGUGACAUUUCACGGGAACCCUAUCGCAGACUUCAGAGCGUACAGAAACUUUCUGAUCACAUUUUUGCCCCAGAUAGUAAAUUUGGAUUUCACCCCUAUCACAAAGACAGAAAGGUUACAACCGAAACCACCGGAGGCUCUGAGGAUUAUAGAAGCGUACGAAAGCCAAACACAACCGAAUGUUAACAACACCUAAUCACACACGUAUUAACUGUGCAAUUGAAAAAUUUGGUGUUAUUGUAUUUUUAUACAUAUGUAUUAUACUUAUUAUAUGUAGUGGCUAUUUUCUAGUUUACAAAAUUAUUUUUUAAAUUGUAUUUAUUUUAUUAUGGGGUUUACAUUCAGUGCCUAAUAUCUAUUUAAAUAAAUAUAUACUGCGUCAUAUUGUGCUAGCCUCGUGGAUCUAUGCAUAUGUAUUUUUAAAGAAAAAAUAAUAUAGGCAAUCACUAUUGUGACCCAUUCUAUGUAAAUCAGCAAGUUAGCAUUUUAUAAUUUUAGAUAAUCCAAGAAAUACAAAGUAACAUUUUAGGAGGAAGCAGGAACUUAUAGUAUCAAAUGUACAAAAUUGGUAUAUAGGCCAAAGUCGUGGA